AUAGUAUAGUACAUAUAUUUUGAUAAAGAAUGGCGAUAUUCUUUAAACAUUUUUUAUAUUAGAUACAAUACUUAAUUAUAGUGAUAUAAAUACGUCUAGAGUAAAUGCGUGUAUGAUUAUGUUAAAUAAAUAGUUUUAAAAGGAAUUUUUUCGAAUAAAUGCAUCUCAAUUUCUAGGUACAUUUUCGAUUCAUGUUUAUAUUAUAUCAAUAUUAUUUACAAAAUUUUUAACCUUGAACCCUUAAACUGAACUCAAAUUAAUGUAUAUCUUCGUUUUUUUUGUUUCUUUUUAAAGUUAAUAUUAUCAUUAGAAGACAUCAAUAAAUAUAUUACUACAAGUAAAUUAUUUCCAUGUCUUAUAAAUUAUUUAAAUACAAUGACUUUUUACGAAAAUAUAAAAGAAAAUUUAACGACACAAAUAUACGAAUUAGAAGUAUUACAAUCAGCUUAUCCAGAAGAAUUAGUCGUCAGCGAUCACGGAAUUUUAGCUGACAUAAAUCAUUUUAUUGAAUUUCCUCAAGAAGAACCUCCACGAAGAUUGGAAUAUAUUAUAAAGAUUUCUGAGAAUAAUGCAACAAUUGAGCUGCAAGUAUGUCUGCCAACUAAUUAUCCACAAGAAAAACCUGAAGUUUAUGCGAGAACUUCCAUUCUAGAUCGAACUCAACAAUUGCUUUUAAAUGAAGCACUUGCAAGUUUUUUAAAUGAGAAUGAAAAAGGUGAGCCUUGUAUAUAUUCAUUGAUAUCAUGGUUACAAGAUAACAUAGAGAAAUAUCUUAAAAAUUCUAACGUGAAUAAAGAAAAAAAUAAUGAAAAUAAAAAGAAAAAGCAUGAGCAAGGCGAUGAAUUAAUAUUUGCUAGAUAUUGGAUUUAUAGUCAUCACAUAUAUAAUAAACUUAAAAGAAGAGAUAUAGCAAAUUUAGCAAAAGAAUAUUCUCUCACUGGAUUUUGCCUGCCUGGGAAGCCAGGAAUUAUUUGUAUAGAAGGUACAGAUACAAACUGUGAACUCUGGUGGCAAAAGAUAAAAGUUAUGAAUUGGCAUAGAAUUCUCAUAAAAUUAAUAGAAGAUGAGAUUUUAGACAAUGAAAAAAAUAUAAAUACCAUGCGUAAAUAUCCUAACUUCCAAGAAAUAUCUUUUCCUAGUACAGAUCGUCAUAAUGAUAUGGGACAGUUACUUACAUAUUUAACUGAGCACCAAUCUCAACAUGUUUUUAAUAACAUUUUUGGUAUCAAAGAAAAAUUUACCCAUUAAAGUAAUCAUUUAAAGUAUAUAAAUCUAUUUUUUUAAAUAAAUAAAUCAAAAAAAAAAAAAAGUAUAAUAUUGCAGCAACAUACCAACAUCAUUGUUAAAUGAAUCAUGAUCUUCUCUUUUAUGGCGAUUGAUUAGAUUACUUAUAUUUACAGUAUAUGAAUUUAUUUCCUUAUCAAUUUGAUGUAAUGUAUUUAGAUUUGAUGAUUGAUAUUCUGAAAGGAUAGGAGUUAAUUAGUAAUUGCUGGUUAGAUAAACAGAAUUUUGCACAUACCAUAUUUUGUCUUUAACUUUUCAAAAAAUUCAGUUAAAUCAUUUAAUGCAGUUGUUAAAACUUCUGAACCAUAACUUAAACGACAAUCAAUUAUACCACACAUAAAUACGAAUAUUAUUCGAAAAUUUGUUACCAUUUUGCUAAACUUUACUCAUCGAAAGUAAUACAUUACAAAUGAGUUUAGUUUACAAGAUCAAUUAAGGACUAUUACAAGGUAAUAUGUAAUGUUUACAUUUUUUGUAAAUAAUCAGGUCACAUGGAGUAAGAAUAUCAUGAUACUUUAUUGAUAUUAUGAAACUGAAGGAAUAUGAUACAAAUGUUAAACGAAUUGUCUUAGUGUAACAAAUAAAAUAAUACAAAUAUAUAAAUAAUAAUCUAUCUGACAGUAGCAUAACGUAGAAAUUCAUUAGUAAGAAAUUGUCCUGGCAUAUAAGGAGCAGGUGGUCCAAGAACGUCUUGUGCUGGAGAAUGAACUUUAAUUUGUCUCAUAUGAGUAUCUCUUCCAUUUUGAUGAUUGCUUAUAACAGCUAUCUGAAUCAUAAAUGUUCUAAUGGGUCGUUCAUUUAUAUCUUUUAUAGGAAUAACCACCCAUCCACUUGGUUCAUUAAGAUCCAUGACUUCAACUUCUUGAAGGUCAUUGAAAUUUGUACCUGCUCUAAUACUUAUUCUAAAAAUAUAUUUAUAUAGAAAGUCAAUUGAAA